AUGGACUUUUCCGACUUUGAUAGUGUUAAGCAACAUUACGAUUUAACUGAAGAGGAAAUUGCAGAAAUAUUUCAAAAUUUACAAAACAAAACAAAAAUAUUAUCCGUAUCUUCUGAUGCUGUUGCUUUCUUGGCAAUUCUGUAUGGACUUAUUUCAAUUAUUGCUGUGUUAGGAAAUGGCUUAGUGAUAUUAGUGGUGCUCACAAAAAAGAAUAUGCAAACUUUGACUAACAUAUUCAUUGCCAAUUUGGCAUGUUCAGAUGUUGCCUUAGGAACAUUUGUUAUACCAUUUCAGUUCCAAACAGCGAUUUUGCAGCGUUGGGUUGUUGCUGAUUUUAUGUGUAAUGUGGCACCUUUUGUUAAAAAUUUGUCCGUGAAUGUCAGUGUUUUAUCAUUAACUUUAAUUGCCAUUGAUAGGUAUUUGGCCGUCCUACAUCCACUUCAUGCCGGUUUUCGGAAACGAGUAGCAAUGGUCGUGUUAUUAAUAAUUUGGCUUGUUAGUACAAUAUCAGCUUUACCAGAUGCAUUAUAUUAUAAAAUUGAAAAUAUGUUUAAAAUAAUGGAAAUAGAGGAGACAAAAAAGUGCGUUGUGAAAUGGCCAUCAGAAGAUUUCCGUAUGUUCUACUGUGUAUACUUGAUUCUACUUCAAUAUCUGGUUCCAUUAAGUAUAAUAACAUUCUCAUAUAUUCGUAUUACGUGUCGUGUAUGGGGCAGUAGACCUCCAGGAAACGAAACGUGCGUACAAAGAGGUACAGCAAGGAACAACAAUAAGAAAAAGGUUGUAAAGAUGCUGAUUAUUGUGGUGUGUUUAUUUGCGUUCUGUUGGUUACCUCUUCAGAUCUACAGCAUUGUGUUUGCUGUAUAUGAUGACGAUAUAAAUCAAAUACGAACAUUGCUCUAUCUAGUAUAUAACAUUAUUGGAUCACUAAAAAAAGUUGUUAAAAAUUGCGUUCAUAUCAGAUAA